AUGCGGUAUUCUACGAUAAUACCCCGACUUCUGCUGGGGCUCUGUCUUCUACAACUCGCCGCUGCCGCCGGAACGAUUUCUCAGCCUCGCGUCCAACGCCUCGAAGAUAUCCUGGCUGCCGAUUAUGAGCGUCUGAGCGGCCGGGUGCGCGAUGUUAAGCGAUUUUUUGGGCUUGAUGGACUGCCGCUGCUCACUGGCGGAGAUGAACAUCCAUUCCACAUCGCGUACAGAUGGAUCCCCGAAAUCAUGAAGGAAUACAAAGAAAUCUUCAUUACUCGCUGUCCGACUGCAAUUAGCCCCGGAGAAGCAAAGAUUUGGGCUGAGCAUAAGGCAUUUGUGUUGGAUGCCUAUUUGAAAUGGGGUCGAGGAGAAUAUCUGUCGGCAGAAUUAUUUCCCUACGACAAGGUCGCCGCCUUUUUUGGACAAUUUCGCGACAUCUAUGAUGCCAUGCUAGAUCAGGAGAUCUUCGAUGUAAGCGCGCUGAACAUCACCGAACUCAAUAGAGGCUCCGCAAACGCUUCUUUUGAAGAAUUAUUUAAGCAAAUGGAACACCAAUACUUCCGUGGGCCAGUCAAUACCACGCACCUCGAAGGAUGCUAUUGGAAAGUGUAUACCAUGCACACCGACCUCAAAUGGGAUGUCCGGUAUCAACUAUUAACCCGUAUCAAGGAUGAGUGGAAAGUUCUGGAAAAUGCGACACGACUCUACCAGAAUUUCACGGGGAUCAACCGGGCACCGGUGCUGGAGAGGCUGAAAAAGGAAUGGUGGGCAGUCGACCGCCAUAUUUUCUUGAAUUUGGAUGAGCCAUCAAGAACGGAAUCGAUGUGGCCCUCGGUGUAUCAACAAGAACUGCGCACAGCAUAUCUAAUUGCCAGCACAUCGUCAAGCUGGAAUCAGUCGGAGGUCGUGGAGAAUGCCGUUAUGAGUGCUGCGAAAAAGAUUCAUCGCUGGCAGGAAAUGCCAUACGUGGUCCGCGUGUCCAUCAUCAUCCCCAAUCGACCACUAUCAAUCUACGAUAAAUCCCCCCAUUGUUCUUCCCAAAUCGACCCUGACGGGGUCCAUUUUUUGAUCAGCCGCCGACACCUUGGUCAUGGAGAAAACGAGACGGGGCCUGGGACCCUGACCGCAAUGCGCGGGUUUUGGGAGGAGGCUGAUGUGAAACUUCCGCAGAACGUCGAGGAUAUUUUCGGG